AUGCUCUGGCUGCUGAGAACAAUGUGCCUUAUCCAUCUACUUGGAAAAUUAUUUUGUUCAUUUGGAACAAAGAAGAAUCCUGAAGCUCACAUGAAUGUUAGUCAGAUUAUUAAACACUGGGAAUAUCCAAGUGAAGAAUAUGAGGUUGUGACUGAUGAUGGCUACAUUCUUCCAAUUAACCGAAUUCCUCAUGGGAAGAACAAUGCUAAUAGUUCAGCCCCAAAGAUGGUAGUAUUUUGUCAGCAUGGCUUGCUUGCAACUCCUGGUGCAUGGGUUUCCAAUCUUCCUGACAACAGCCUGGCCUUCAUCCUAGCAGAUGCUGGGUAUGAUGUGUGGAUGGGAAGCAGUAGAGGAAGUACCUGGGCAAAGAAACAUGUGACCCUCAACACAGAUUCUAAAGAAUUCUGGGAUUUUAGUUUUGAUCAAAUGAUAAAAUAUGACCUUCCAGCCACCAUUAAUUUCAUUCUGGAUAAAACAGGACAAAAGCAGAUUUACUAUAUUGGCCAUUCUCAAGGAACCCUUAUUGCUAUUGGGGCAUUUGCAACAAAUCAAAAACUAGCAGAAAAGAUUAAACUCAACAUAUUAUUGGCUCCAAUUUAUAGUGUUCAACAUUCCAAAGGUAUUGCCCGCCUUACAUCUUACCUCACUCCAACGACUAUCAAGGUCCUCUUUGGUGAAAAAGAAUUUUUGCCUACCGUAGUUUCCAGCGAGGUGGGUGCAUAUGUAUGCGAUAUUAACUUGGUCACUGCUGGUUGUGCUGCUAUGAUUGGAUCGAUGGGUGGAUAUUCUCCAGAACAGUUAAAUAUGAGCCGCCUUGAUGUGUAUGUAAAGCUCAAUCUAGCAGGAACAUCAGUAAAAAUUCUUAUACAUUAUAAUCAGAUAAGAAGAAGUGGCAUACUUCAGGCUUAUGAUUGGGGAAGUUCAUCUCUGAAUAUGCAACACUACAAUCAGACUACUCCUCCUGUAUACAAUGUAGAAGACAUGAAGGUUCCAACUGCCAUGUUUACUGGUUUAAAAGAUUUUUUAUCUGACCCAGAAGAUGUUGAAAUUUUGAAACCCAAAAUCCACAACCUCACAUACCUUAAGACUAUUCCUGAUUUUAGCCAUUUUGAUUUUAUAUGGGGAUUAAAUGCUAGGGAAGAGGUUUCUGAGGAAAUUUUAACAAUUCUUAGGAAAUAUGAUGGUGAUUAUAUUUAGCUUUUUGCAUGAUUUUAAACCUUUCUGAAAGUCUCUUGUUCUUAUAAGUGCAAAUGUUUUCUUGCUUGGCCAUUAUUCACCUUAAUUAUCUUUGA